AUGUUUAGCAAGACAUUAUACUACGGCUUGAGUAGCCAGCGGUCUCUUUUGGCUACUGGUUCCCUCAGAAAGGUAAGAUUCAUGCAUGCGUCUCGCCCACUACUCAAUGAGAUAAAGGAUCCGUAUGCUGCUCUGGGAGUCGCCAAGACGGCGAGCGCUUCGGAGAUCAAGAAAGCGUAUUAUAAAUUGGCGAAAAAGUAUCAUCCGGACAUUAAUAAGGCAGAAGGUGCCCAGAAGAAAUUUCACGACUUGCAGAACGCUUAUGAGAUCUUAUCUGACGACAGCAAGAGACAGCAAUGGGACCAAUUUGGGCCCGCUGCUUUCUCUCAGGGUGCAGCAGGCCCAUCGAGCGGUGGAGCCGGUUUUGGUGGCGCCGGAAACUUCAACGGAUUCGGCGAUUUUGGAGGGUUUGGUGGUAUAAAUUUCGAAGAUCUUUUUGGCGCCGCAUUUGGGGGUGGUGCUGACCGUGGCGGAGCGCGUAGCUCUGGCAGAGGCUCUAUGUUCAGAGAGUACCAGGGCAGCCCUGUCGAAAUCUCGCAUCGCAUGUCUUUCAAGGACUCCGUUUUCGGUACCAAAGGCGUGAAUUUGAAAUUCAAUGCUUAUGACCCUUGCAACUCAUGUAAUGGCUCAGGAAUGAAACCUGGCGCUUCGAAGAUCACAUGCCCUACCUGCUCUGGUACUGGUACGCAGGUUCAUGUCCGUGCGGGGUUCCAAAUGGCCUCUACAUGCACGCAGUGCGGUGGUGAAGGAUCUGUCAUGCGUGAUUCAGACGCCUGUCAAACAUGUCACGGCGAAGGUGCUGUCCUGAAUAAAGAACACAAAAUCACAAUAGACCUUCCACACGGGCUCCAAGACGGCGAUGUUAUUCGUGUAUCUGGGAAAGGCUCAUACCCCAAUAUCGCUGUCGACGCUGCGAUGAAAGAUAAUGUCAGGCUACACAGAGGUGACGUCUUGGUCAAGAUUAGAGUUGACAAGGACCCCAGAUUUCAGAUCAAAAACAAAUACGAUAUUUGGUACACUCAGGAAAUCCCAAUCACAACUGCUGCCUUAGGAGGCCAGGUCCAGAUCCCCACCGUUGAUGGGGUAGAUGUCAGAUUGAAAGUCGCACCGGGAACGCAACUCAAUGACGUGGUGUCAAUACCUCAAAAAGGUGUUCCAAGAGGUUCUUUUGGUAACCGUGGAGACAUGAGAAUUCAAUACAAGAUAGUCAUCAAAAAACCUCAGUCACAGGCGGAGAAAUGCCUAUGGGAAGCUCUGGCUGAUAUUACAGGGGACGGACUUGCAAAAAGGUCUGUCCUACAGCAGAAUCCAACUGCGGCCUCUGAGAAUUCGAAGCAGGAAUCCAACCCUGACACACCAAGCGCUCUGGGCAAACUGGAAGAUUUCAUAUCAAAGACCUUCAAAAAGAUAAAAGGAGACAAAUCAUGA